AUGGUACAAAAAGAAGACUAUUAUUCGGAGGUGAUUAACUUAUUAGAUAAAAAUGGUUUUUAUGCGAAAACUUUGGAAAGACUCUCAAAUUAUUCUACUGUUAAAGUUUCUUUCAAUAAAUAUGACUAUUUUCUUAUUAUCUGGCAUAAAAAAAUUUCCCAAAAAAAGGAUUAUCUAGAUUUAUAUAAUGCAAUUCAAAAUUAUACGCCUAAAGAUAAUCGUUUUCAUAAUAAAGAAUAUUGCAGUGAUCAUAUAAUCAUAUGUAAAUCGUUAGAAAUUGACGAAUCUGAUAAAAUAGAAGAAUUUGAAAAAAAAACUAAAAAACAUCUUAAAUAUUAUCAUUGCGAAAAAAAUUGGAUUAUUAAAAUGAUAAUAGUAUAUUUUUCUUAUCAAUAUGCGAUAUUUAAAAAUAUUUCGAAAACAGAAUUUGUUGUAGCAAAAAUGCGUGAAAGUUGCAAAAAUAUUACAGGUUUUGAGGAUCUGUUUCAAAAGUAUGUUGCUGAAUAUGAACUGUCGAUAGUGAUUAAUAUAUUAACAACAAAUGAUUAUCGUUAUACUGUUGUGAAAACUGGGAACACCCAAAAAAAUUAUACUAUUGUUAAAGUCUCUUAUAGUAGUUACUUUUUUUAUCUCUUUCUCUGGCAUAAAAAAGUUGUUACUCUUCAGGAUUAUACAGAAUUAUACAAUGCUGUAAAUAUCAAUUAUGUGCCUCCAAAAAAUCCUACACAUACUGAAUCUGUUAAGUACUUUUGCAAAGACGAUCAUAUAAUUGUAUGUGAAGAAUCAUGCAAUAGUGAUGGCGAUAUUAUAGAAGGAUAUAUGAAUUCAAAAACUAUAAAACUUCCACUUCCAUAUAAUUAUUGCAAUGAAAAUUGGAUUAUUUAUCAUAUAGUAGAAUAUUUUUCCUAUCAAUAUGUGAUAUCCAAAAAGAUGAGUAUUCACGAUACAGAUUCAUUCGCAAACUAUAUGGCGGAAAAUGUGAAAAAAUUUUCAUGCUUUGAAGAAUAUUGCAAAAAAAUAUGA